UUAGAGUUCUGCUCAUUAGCUUCCCCUCCCUCACGCCUGAAUCCUAUGCCGUAGUCUGAAAUGAUCCGAUCAGCGGCGUGUCGUUUUAUUCAGCACAGCACCGGUUCACGUCGCCACCUAUUCGUCACGCCAUUUCUCCGCUUCCCCACCGAUGCUUCUUCCGUUCCCCCGUCUCCUCAGAACCCCUUCAUCCAUGAACAGCAGCCGAAUCAAGAAACCCCAAUUUCAGGAGGAGGAGAAGAUCACGGGGCAGCCCGUGAUAAUUGGGGCAACAGAGCGAAAGUCAGGAGCAGCUACGAAGAUGAGCAGGCGAGGGUCCUCCGCGCUGCACUCUCUCACGUUCCAAGAGUGGGAUGGAGCGAUUCGGCUAUGAUUUAUGGGGCGAGAGAUGUCUGCGUCUCCCCCUCCAUUGUGGGUUCUUUCCCUCGCAGGGAAGCAGCGCUCGUCGAGUUUUUCAUGGAUGAUUGUCUGCAGAAGCUUAUUGAUCGUAUUGAUUCAGGAGUGGACUUGAAUGAUUUGAUACUCAGUGACCGCCUAGUUAAGCUUAUUCGAAUCAGGUUAGAAAUGCAAGUGCCUUAUAUAUCAAAGUGGCCUCAGGCAUUGAGCAUUCAGGCUCAACCAAUGAAUCUCCCAACAAGUCUGAAGCAGCGAGCUGCUUUAAUGGAUGAGAUAUGGCAUGCUGCUGGAGACCACGGUUCAGACAUUGAUUGGUAUGUGAAACGAACUGUACUUGGAGGCAUAUACUCAACAAGUGAAGUGUACAUGAUGACUGAUGACUCUCCAGAAUUUCGAAAUACCUGGAAUUUCUUGGAGCAUCGAGUGAAGGAUGCUUUUGAACUUCAGAAAAGUGUUCUGGAGGUUGCUUAUUUAGCCGAGGCAAUUGGGGCCAGUGUGGGCAGCUCCAUGAAGGGAUUUGUUAAGAGGGUGUUUCAAGCCUGAAAGGGGAGACAAAUUCUGUUCCUGGUCAAUUUCUCCUUAAUUGGGAAUAAUAAAUGUAGGUUCCUCAAAAGGUAAAACCAUAUAAUAUGUAAAUAACUGUCCUAUGCUCUGUAGUUUUUGUUCUUCAUCUAGGAUUUUGGCUAAUAUAAUAACAUUAUUCUUUUUCUCCACUGUUAUAUUUGCCUUGCAACUUCUGUGCUAAUGGGUUCGCUAGG